CCAUGUGAGUAACAGGAGCAUCGUGUACUCUUGCGGGGAAGCCGUCGGCGUGUGGUGAAACUACUUAGAGGUACUUGCACUACAGUUUUUUUUUUGAUAAGUAUUUGUGCUCUUAGGAUAAUUCCCAUAGUAACCUUUAACGCGCACAAUGGCUGAGAAGAUGGACAUGGAGCAAGGCAAGGCAGCCAACGGCGAGGCUCACCUCGAUGAGCAGCUGGCCAACGGCACCAACGGCCCCAAGCGGGGCAGCAAGGAGCCGCUGGCCCAGCGGGUGAAGAGGAUAGUGAUGGCCAACUUGCUGGUGAUCCUCACCGUGGCCGGGGUCAUCAUCGGUGUUUUUAUUGGACUCGCUGUGCGCAACGCGGACCUCACUAGGACCCAGAUCAUCUACGUCGGUUUCCCUGGCGAGCUGCUUAUUAGACUGCUGAAAAUGAUCAUCAUCCCCCUGGUAGUGUGCAGUCUGGUGUCCGGGGCUGCCAGCAUCGACCCCAAAGCUCUGGGCAAACUUGGUGGCUGGGCUAUGCUCUUCUUCCUGGUCACCACCUUAAUUGCGUCUUCCAUCGGGGUUGUGAUGGCUUACAUCCUGACGCCCGGGUCGGGUUCCAUAUCCAAACCCAAGAUCCAAGGCUUGGAUGACGACGUACCUGCCGCCAAAGAAGUCAUAGACUCCUUCUUAGAUUUGAUCAGGAACAUCUUUCCCUCCAACCUGGUGGCUGCUGCUUUUCAAUCAUAUGCAACCAGCUACAAGCUGGUAACCAGGAAUGGCACAGAUGGAAACCUUAAUAUCACAGUGGAGAAGGUGCCCUUUGGAACCGACCAGGAUGGCAUGAAUAUUCUUGGUCUGGUCGUGUUUGCCAUUGUGUUUGGUAUAGCUUUGAGGAAGCUGGGAGAGGAAGGAGAGAUCCUCAUCAAGUUCUUUAACUCCUUCAACGAGGCCACCAUGGUGCUGGUCUCCUGGAUCAUGUGGUACGCCCCUCUUGGUAUCAUGUUCCUUGUAGCUGGCAAGAUCGUCGAGAUGGAGGAUGUUGGUAAUCUGUUUGCCAGUCUGGGAAAAUAUAUAGCCUGCUGUAUCAUUGGACAUGCCGUCCAUGGCUUUCUCGUACUGCCCGCCAUUUACUUCGUCAUUACAAGGAAGAACCCAUACACCUUCCUCUGGGGGAUAUUCACAGCUUUGGCAACUGCCUUCGGAACAAGCUCCAGCUCGGCCACUCUGCCCCUGAUGAUGAAGUGCGUGGAGGAAAAUAACGGCGUAUCCAAGCACAUCAGCCGUUUCAUCCUGCCCAUCGGAGCGACGGUCAACAUGGACGGAGCUGCUCUCUUCCAGUGUGUGGCUGCUGUUUUCAUUGCUCAGCUGAACAACUUUUCCCUCAACUUCAUCCAAGUUAUUACCAUCCUUGUGACAGCCACAGCGUCCAGUGUUGGAGCAGCAGGUAUACCUGCCGGUGGUGUGUUGACCCUGGCCAUCAUCCUGGAGGCUGUAGGAUUGCCCACCAAUGACAUCUCUCUCAUCCUGGCUGUUGAUUGGCUUGUUGACCGUACCUGCACAGUGCUGAACGUAGAGGGUGAUGCCUUCGGAGCUGGGCUUUUGCAGCACUUUGUGGACCGUACGUCCAAACGAGACGAGGGAGCAGAGCUGAGCGAGGUCAGGAUGGGAGACCCAACACUUCCAGCCCCUGAGAGCUCACCGCUCAUUGAGAAGCGAGGUGGGAGGGACAGUGCAGACGCUGCUAAGAAGGCUCUUGGUGAAAAGGAGUCCAUCAUGUAAUCCAGCUGCUGACAUUAUCAAUGAAACACUCUUUUAUUUCACACUCCUGCAAAACAAACUUUCAUAUUCUCAUCUGGAAUCCAAUACCUUUUUUAAAAUUGUUUUAUUAUGUCACCUUUUUUAUUUUUCCUCUGUGUUCACCUUUGUCAGAUUCCCAUCUUACUAUACAUAUAUUUGUAUGUGAUAUAUUUGUUAUGAAAUAUAUCAUAAUAUGCUUUUUAUAUGAACAGACAUAAGUGCGAUUUGUCAUAUGUAAAGCAAAAAGCACAAACACUUGUUCUUUUUAUAGCUGUAGGGGGUUAAGGCUUUUUAAUAUUCUUUUAUUGUGGCGAUGACUCUAUCUAUGCCGAUGACUCUCUUGUGUACGAUGCCUGUCUCCUGGUGAGAAGAAUCAAUAAGGCACAAAGGUAAUACUAUCCUCAGUAGCACUCACUGACGUCCCAGAAGCUAAACGAAGGAACUUUUUCUCAAGGAUUUAAAACAUCCACGGACACAGAUGGACCUCCGAGCAUUUCUGCCUCUUCUAAUGGACAUCGGUGCGAUGGCAGACAAUGCAACCUCAGGUUUAACUAUGGCUUGAAGACUGUCCUCCAACUACUCCUUAAUAUUCAGAGACCAAAAAUCACAUCGACUCAGCAAACAGGAAGGACCAGUGAAAUCCUGAUAGCACUGAAUGACAUUUCCAAGAAGAUUUUUUUAAAUUACACCCUACAUUUUACUCAUCCUGUUGCUCUCUGUCGGUACACACAUUUUAUCAAGGCACAGUUGGGUUUUAAAGCAGUCUCUAACAAGAAGGACAAUAUGUUUGAUGUUGUAUAAAGUGUGGUGUAACUUCAUGUGAUGUGUAAGUAACAAAAGUCCUUCCACUACAUGGAUAUAGCAGCAAUUUGACUGUUCAGAGCUAAAAGGACUUGAGUGAACGUCAGCUUAUGUUUUGGCUGUGAUGGCCAUAAAGACGAAAUACUAGAUUUAUGGGCUUUAGGCCUCCUUGUACGCUAUUGUCGAUGCCUCAGAUGCCCCUGAAUAUCUGUUUCAAGUAAUAUUUAUUUCCCUAAUCAAAAUCCAAAGACAUUUUUUGCCCAUGUUUUAUCAUGUUUGCAACUCCAAAUUUUAGUGUUCCAGUGUCAAGACUUGUUAUAACUGGUCGGUGAUAGUUUUUUUAAAUGAUGUAUUUUUCUUGGAUUAUUUCAAACUUGUGGGUGAGUCUAGUUUGUGUGUGUAAGGUACUUCUGUUGGAAUUCUCUCUGCAGUUUGUCCGCAGGCAUUUAGGAAACUUGAAGACUUUGGAGAAUGUGUGGUGUAGCAGUGAUGAGAUGAGUUGUACUGGCCGCACCCUGGAGUGAUAGAAACUGUUUUCUAAUACUACAUGAAUAUAUGCAUCAUACAUGUGUAUGCUAUGCUAUGCACGUAUGAUUACCGGUACUGUUGCACUAUUGAAUGUUUAUCUCUUCCAUCCAUAUCAUCUUGAACUAUUUAAAGCUCUACCAAAUAACUGGGGUGUGUGCUAUUAACAUAUACAAAGAUUCUCCAUACUGGAUCAGCUCCAUGUUAGUGUUGCAGUGUUUCCCAUGAUCAUCUAUGAAAUUGGUACAGGCCCGAGGCCUCGUCACUUGGUACAGUCUUAUGUCAUCAGAGUGCUGAAAUGUUAACCAUUGCCUCAAAACAGCUUUUGUGUCUACUUUGUGCUUUUAUGGUGGAAGGUUUAAGAUGUUAUCAUUCCUCUGAGAUCUUUCGCCGUACGGAUGUCUGUCUGGUUCGAACACAGUAUUUGUGUUGUGUGUAUGGUCAUGUUAGUAAUGACUUUGUUACAGAGGGGUUGUUUCAAAACUUAGUCUGAAUUUACUGUCUUUAGGGUUUUAAUAAUAAAGACUUUUUAUUAUGU